ACGUUUCCCCAAUCUACGUUCCGGCAGGAUCCAGCUCCGAAACCCCAGGCAGGCUGGCCCUGCCGCGGAACCGCUGUCUGCGGAACUACAUGCGGAAGUUCCUUUUGUUGUCCCCGGACUCAACUCUGAAGGGUACUUCCGGUGAGAGAAAAAUGGCUGCGGCCAUUGCGAACUCACGUGUGAGUGCGGGGAAAAAGCUGAAAAAUUCGCUAAAGAAGAAGAAGAAGGUGAAAAUGAUUGCCAAAGUCAUAGCAUCUGAGCUGGAAGAGGAGGUGAAAGAUGCUUCCGACAGUGGAGGAUCUAUAGGAAGCUGUGGAUCAGAAAAGGGUCAUUUUUCUGAUGAUGAAGCAAUAGAUGCUGACAAUGAAGAUGAUGCUGAACCCUGUGACAAAGAAAAUGAAAAUGCUGGAGAAUCAUGUGCUGGAACUAAUAUGGGUUGGGCAGAUGCCAUGGCUAAAAUCCUCAACAAGAAAACGCCUAAAAGUAAACCUACCAUUCUAGUCAAAAAUAAAGAACUAGAAAAGGAAAAAGAAAAGUUAAAGCAAGAAAGACUUGAGAGAAGAAAACAGCUUGAUAAGAGGCGGGAGUGGGAAAUGAUGUGCAGAGUAAAGCCAGAUGUUGUCAAAGACAAAGAAACAGAGAGAAAUCUUCAGAGAAUUGCAACGAGGGGUGUGGUGCAGUUAUUUAACGCUGUCCAAAAACAUCAAAAGAACGUUGAUGAAAAGGUUAAAGAAGCUGGAGGCUCUAUUAGAAAGCGUGCUAAAUUGAUAUCAACUGUUUCUAAGAAAGAUUUCAUCAGUGUUCUGAGAGGAAUGGAUGGAACUGCAAAUGAGAAAAGUUCAACUGAGAAGAACUCAAAAGCCAAACAGACUAAAGCGAAAUCAGAAGAGAGCCCAGGUUGGACAAUCCUACGUGAUGAUUUCAUGAUGGGAGCAUCUAUGAAAGACUGGGACAAGGAAAGUGAUGGGCCAGAUAACAGCAGACCAGAAUCUGCAAGUGACUCUGAUGUGUAAAAUAAUAGAGGCAACAUAGUUUUCAGUUUAUUUUUCCUACAAAGAUACUCUGUCCUCCGACAGUUUGGGAAUUAUAAUGAUACCAUUUGUAAGAAAGCCAAAAGACUUACUAGCUUUGAUGUUCCCCCUCUACAUGUAAACUUUGUUAAAAUUGUAUUUUCAACUUUUGUAUAAUUUUAGGCAUUGUUCCUCAAAACAUUUGCAACAAAAAAUACAUCCACUUGAUCAGCAAGAUCCACAUUGUGCCAGUAUGGUCAGAUGUUUACAGAUUGGUCAUUCUGUGCUGGGUUCUUUCAGUGUCACCAGUGUUGCUAGACAUGCAAUGCCAAUUCAUAAGUAAAAUGAACUCUUUGAAGUUAAUAUUUCUCUGCCUUCCAAUUUAGAGACUGUUUGUUUGUAGCUUUUGGGAAUGAUGAAUAUUUUUGUCUGUUUUAGUUAGCUAUUGAGAAACCUGUGCAUAAAAUUAAUAUUUUUGAUUUUGUGCGAUGAAUUUAAUUUUGUCUGAUAUUUAAAAAUACUAGAUCUCUACUUUUAUAUUUCCUUUUAUAUACUAAGUAAUAUAAAUAAGUACUUAACAUUUAGAAUUUUUUUUCAUGAAAGAUUUAUUGAGACGGAAAUUUUCAUGUGUAUAUUAUGCAAGAGACUUGCUUUCUUAGGAAACAUAUUUGAUAUGUUCUAAUCUCUCUCUUUUCAUCUCCCAAAACAUUUGAGUUAGUUUAAAUUCUUUUUUUCAUGGACAACCUAAGCCAUGAAAUGAUGGAGUUAGGUACCAGGUAAUUUUGCAUCAUAAUAUUGCAUCUGAUUUGAGACUUCAUUGCAUAUUGUUUCUUUAAAUGUUAUUAAAUUGGGUGACUUUCAGUAUCAAGUUGUGAAAUAAAAACAGAAGAAAAAAGUAAGACUGUUUAAUAUUAUUCCAAAAUUCUUGUGAAACUCAGCUCCAGAUCACAAGUUUGUAAGGGAAUUAUUUAUUAAUGUGAGUUGUUCUUCUUCGACAAUGAUCCAUCCCUUUCUCCAUCAUUUCCAUAAGAAAAAUAGUUCCCUCCUAUCACUCGGUUGUACAUACUUGCAUCUAUUAUAUAUUGAAAGGAUAAUUUUCUCCCAAAACAACGUGCUAAAGCAUAAAUGUUUAUAUUUUUAAGCCCAUUUGAGUGUUACCAGUAUUAUGUGGCUAACAUUAAAUUAGUCCAUGGCCUGGUAUUUGUUAUCUUGAAGAAAGGUAGACACGCAAAAUAUAAAGUGGUUAAAACAGCAAAGCUCAAAAUACAUUUUGUAUUUGUCCCAACUUCUGAACAUCAGUAUCUUGUUAAAUUAUAGAACUGCCAUCUUGUCACUUUAAUAUGAAUGAAAGCGAUCAGGUAUUCCUCAGUGUUAAUACAGGAGUGCUCAGUAUCAUAAUAGAUAAUAUUUUAGUGUAUCCUAACUCAUAGGUAAUUUGGGGAAAAAAUAUGUAAAACCUAAACACUCAUUUUUCAACAGGACUAAAUAUUAAACUUUAUAUUUUGUUAUUAAGUUCUUGGGUCAUCAUACAAAAAGUUUGCAAAAUUUUUCCUGAAUAAAUAAAAUAAAUUAAAUAAAUAAAUAAAUAAAAUUUUCAGUUUUAUAUUAUACCAGUGGAUAUCAGUUAUAUGAGAAGGCUGUGAAGCAUAUAUGAAUUACAUGAAAUAAUUUUUGUCAUAUAGAUAUCUUCUAUAAGUAUUUCUGCAUCUUGGAUAUAAAAAUAAAUAUCACCAUGUGCUAAAUAUAAAUCUAAGAGCAAGCCUGUUAUUUGAGAAACUGUAUCUUUAUGUGAAUGUUUUAGUAGUCUAACUCUGUCCAUUCUACCCUAUAUACUUCACCUGCAAUAUUAUUUUUUGGCAUCAGUGAGAUAAAUAAUUGUGAUGAGUCUCUGCGUUAUCUUUAAAUUCUCUAAGGGGAAAAAGGUAAGAACUUCAUUCCUACCACCCACGCCUCCAUUUAACUAAACAUAGCAAUAUUAGGAUUUUUUUCUUCCUGAUGUUAGAUUCUUUUGGGAUUGUAUUUAGGAACUACUUUGAAUCUACUCUCUUUGUAUUAGUGUUACAUUACAUGAGAAUUGAUGAGAAAAUAAAACAGAGUCUUAUAAGUAAAAAAAAUAAAGUAAUAUAGUAGUGAAGGCUGGGGUGGAUAUUCUAAGCAUUUAGCAUAGUUUAAUGUUGGUUACUAAUUGUUUUUAGGUAUUGAAAUUUGAAACUCAGACUAUUUAGUACUGAAAAUAGCUAACAUAUCUUAGUAAUUUAGCUCUUUAGUAUAAAGUUGGUAUACAGAAUUUAUUUUCAGUUUACCUAGAAUUCUGUGUUAGAUAUUCAACAUAUUGCAAAAUAUACCUUGGAAACCCUUUAGAUAGAAUGGUUCAGAGGUUAUCUGCAGUACAUAGACCCUAAAAUCACUUAGUAGAAAGUUCUGAAAGGUUUGUUUGAGGGAAGGUCGAAGUAUUUAAAAAUAUUUUGUCUCAGCAGAUCAGAAAAGAAAGGAAUAUUUAAAUUUUGGGAAACCUUUUAGGGCUUUUCAAUCAAUAUAUGUUGUACAUAUGGCUAUACUUUAUAUUCAGUGGCUACCAAUUAAAUAAAUGCUGCUGCCUGUGCUGGUCUUUACAUGAUGUGAGUACAGUACUUAACUAUAAAGUCAUUGGAUUACAAUUUUUAGAUGCCUGAUGAUGACCUAGCAAAACAUAACUAUGACAGAGAAGGUUAAAGUAUGGACACAGACAAACUAAAAACAAAUUGUGUUGCUACACAAUUAUAAGAUCUAAGAAAAUGCAAUAAAGGAAUUUCAAGGAGCAAGUACAUUUCUGUGGAAAAGUUUUUUGGAGAUCAAAUAAGUAAGCUGGCACUUUUGUAUCAUAUGGGUAACUUUUUUCCUCCUUAUGUGUGUUUUUGUUACUUUUGUGAAAAUAAAUGUUGGAAGAAUCCUAAGUAAAAUGGGAAAUCAUUUGUUUUUUGUUU